AUGAGCACCAUGCGUCUGCUGACACUCGCCCUGCUUUUCUCCUGCUCCUUCGCCCGCGCCGCCUGCGACCCCAAGAUCGUCAACAUUGGAGCUGUGCUGAGCACGCGGAAGCACGAGCAGAUGUUCCGUGAGGCCGUGAACCAGGCCAACAAGCGGCAUGGCUCCUGGAAGAUCCAACUCAAUGCCACCUCUGUCACCCACAAGCCCAACGCCAUCCAGAUGGCCCUGUCGGUGUGCGAGGACCUCAUCUCCAGCCAGGUCUACGCCAUCCUAGUUAGCCACCCACCUACCCCCAACGACCACUUCACUCCCACCCCCGUCUCCUACACAGCCGGCUUCUACCGCAUCCCCGUCCUGGGGCUGACCACCCGUAUGUCCAUCUACUCAGACAAGAGCAUCCACCUGAGCUUUCUCCGCACCGUGCCGCCCUACUCCCACCAGUCCAGCGUGUGGUUCGAGAUGAUGCGCGUGUACAGCUGGAACCACGUCAUCCUCCUGGUCAGCGACGACCACGAGGGCAGGGCCGCGCAGAAGCGCCUGGAGACGCUGCUGGAGGAGCGCGAGUCCAAGAGUAAAAAAAGGAACUAUGAAAACCUCGACCAACUGUCCUAUGACAACAAGCGCGGACCCAAGGCAGAGAAGGUGCUGCAGUUCGACCCGGGGACCAAGAACGUGACGGCCCUGCUGAUGGAGGCACGGGAGCUGGAGGCCCGGGUCAUCAUCCUCUCCGCCAGCGAGGACGAUGCUGCCACCGUGUACCGCGCAGCCGCGAUGCUGAACAUGACAGGCUCGGGGUACGUGUGGCUGGUGGGGGAGCGCGAGAUCUCAGGGAACGCUCUGCGCUACGCCCCGGACGGCAUCAUCGGACUGCAGCUCAUCAAUGGCAAGAACGAGUCCGCGCACAUUAGCGACGCCGUGGGCGUGGUGGCCCAGGCAGUGCACGACCUGCUGGAGAAGGAGAACAUCACCGACCCGCCCCGCGGCUGCGUGGGCAACACCAACAUCUGGAAGACCGGGCCGCUCUUCAAGAGCAGUACCACCAUGGACAAGAACCUCAUGGCCCAUCCGCCUCCUCGUUCCGUGGCUGUCACCGACCCAUGGGCGCACACUCUGGCGCGGGAGGCGCCCCUCCGUAUUGGGAAGCGGGGGCGGCGGGAGGAGCAGGAGACGCCGGCCCCGCUCGCGGCUCCGCAGCUGCCGCGGUCGCCGCAGCGCCGGGACCAGGACCAGGACCAGCGAAGCCCGCGGAGGAGCCGCGGCUGCGGCGUCUUCUCCGCGCCGGGCGCCUGGAGCAGCGCCGGGACCCGCUUCAGCACCGCGGACAGCGCCAGCCGCUCCGCCCAACCCCGGGGCACUACGGCUCCGCGGGAAGACGUGGCGUCGUCCCCAGCCCGCGGGACCGGGCGCGCGCAGGACGGCCGGGACACCCCGCUGGGGAUGCACACAGGGCCCCGUGUUCGCGCUGCCCAGAGCUAG